GAAGCCGGCAUCAAGGUUAUGAAGACCUUCGGCAAGAACGGAAGACCUAUCAAGGAGUGGCUGGAAAAGCUACCCCAAGAUGAGCUCAAGACCUUGAUUGCAGAUGCAAGUGCCGGGAGCGCCAGCAGGAGCGUUGAGCUUCCAGACGGCAAGAGCGAGGAGUGCAAAUUUCUCGCUGAGCACCUGGUCUGCGAGACCAAGAAGGAGAAGCAGUCCACCACGACCUUCACCCCGGGUGUGGUGGAGCCUUCCUUCGGGAUCGACAGGAUACUCUUCUCGGUGCUUGAGCACACCUACUACGCGCGACCCAAGGAAGCCAGCGACGAAAAGCAGACACGAGGUGUCCUGGCCUUCCCGUCCGCCAUCGCACCGUACAAGAUGACGAUUUUGCCGCAGGAUCAGAGGAUCCAGCGUGACGAGAAGUAUCCGGAGAUCAUGUACUCGAUGCAGAGCCAGGUGACCGAAUUGGGCCACACCUGCACGGUGGAUGACAGCAAUGCAACGCUUGGAAAGAGGUAUGCCCGCAACGAUGAGCUGGGCAUUCCGUUCGCGUGCACGGUUGAUUUCACGAGCCUGGAG